AUGGCUCACAUAUCCAUCAAUGCCAUCUUGGCAUUGCUCAUCUUCAUUUCGACGGCACACGCCCAAUUCCAGUUCUUCGAGCAAAUGUUCGGCGCUGGAGGACAGCAGCGGGAAUCUCAGGACCAAAGAAAUGUCCCCAGCGACAGUGCCUGGUAUCAAAAGACGUAUGAUGGGGUUGAAGAGAAGUUCGAACUCGGCGAGGGAAGCGCCAUCUGCAUUUCACGAGGCGGAUUUAAAGCCGGCGAAGCCGCACGGAAGGUUGAAUUAGCAAGGAAAGGCUUGCUGUGA